AUGGAAGACUUUGCAUAUGCAUACCCGCCAUUCCCUCAAAUGCGUCCACCAGAAAUGGAAUACCCGGACCAUGGAGACGGAUUCAGAGAGUAUUACGGUUUGGAUCCCGUUAACACUGAUAGAGAAGUUAAGAGACCCAGCCGUUCGAAACAACGUAAAGUCAAACGUGAUACAAAACAUUCACGAUCAAGGAGUUUGUCGAGUACCCGAUCCCGGACGGUAUCCCUGGACAGAUCUCAAUCCAGGUCUAAAUCUCGAUCAGUCUCCCGAUCCCGGUCGCGAACCCGCUCUCGAACCCGCUCUCGAAGUCGUUCUGGAAGUAAAAAAGAAUUGAAUUUUAAGGAACCAGGAUUUUUAGAUGCGUUUCGAGUAUUAUAUUUGACCCCAAGCAAGCAUAAAAAGAACGAGUCUAAAUACCUAGCAACGAGGAAGCGACAAGAUCGCAUACAAGAAAUACUGAAAAGCGACGGUCUCGGAUCGAAACGUUGGGUGUUCUACCCGCGAUCCCGGGCCCAGACUGCAUCUGUCCCAGUUUCAGAUCCGCCCCGGGAGAACUGUGACCAGAGGGUCAAAGUUGACGGGGAUUUCUUUAGGAAGUAUAAGAAAAGCAAGCGAGUGGACGCCGACGCGCCAAUAGCCAAACUCAAACGAUGGGAGUUGAUUCUCUAUAAGAAGCUAGGAUUCAUACGCGCUGUUUAGUUUUGUGAUUGAAUAAAGUUUUCAUUCGGGUG